AUGACGGCCGUGGGUGCUGGCUUUUUUGGGUACUCGCGGAUAGCUUCGCUGGCACGACGCUCGAUAUGCUCGUUUCGAACUCUCCAUAUCGACCCCGCCAAGGUGACACAGAACACGCAACUACAAGCUCACCUCUUCCAACUUCCCAUCUCUCCCGACCUCGCUAGAUGUAACAACGCAUCAGGAGCAGAGAUAACACAGGAUCUCCAAAUCAGACGUGACUCGAAUUUCGCUACGCUGUCAACUUCAGAUUCCAACUUUGCAACACAUCCUGCACGGCUGAGAAGCAGCAUUAACCCCCAAGCGACUCAAAUGGAGGCACGCGAGAACGAGAGACCGACUACCAAAAUCAGCAGACUCACGAUACGCAAUGCCAGUCUCGAGACAUCGCUCGACGAUUGUCUUGAGAAGUGUCACCAGCAAAUGCAGUCAAUCCUGUACCGCGACCUACCAAAAGAGAUUCGAGACAUGAUAUUCGAGUACGCCACAGCACAGUACGAGGACAUGGACAGAAAGUAUAAGGAGACUGCAUUCUGGUGUCGCCCUGGUCAUGGAGUAAGUCAUGUUCCCUUCAAGCUCCACUGCCACAUCCUGUCAAAAUUGUAUCCGAGAGCACAAGUUUCGUUUGAGACAUUCAUUGAUUAUGGACCUCACAAAACCUGUACUAAUCUACUAUUGACAUGUAGACGCAUUUGGCUCGAAGCAAAUGCGUUACCGAUGAAGCAAGCCGUAUUCACUUUCUGGAUGAGGCCAACACGAGGGCCACCCGAGAAGCAUCCCGACACAGGAGGAUAUGGUCGAGAUCCAAUUCGUAACAAUACCUUGACCAAGCUCAAUCGAGAAAGUCUGACCACUCUUCACUACUUCUUGCAAAUGUUCGUCGCGGAGAGCAUGUUCUUUCCGAACAAUGAGGAGACAUCGCUAAUCCAGCGAUUGAAGCCAAAGGUGCUUCGCAUCACAAUCAGACAUACUGACUGGUGGUAUUGGGAGGGCGAUGAGCCUCUGAGACUCAAGGAUUCGUGGGUGCAGCGUGCGCUUGACGCUCCUUUUAUGGCGAGUGUAAAUGAUAUCAGUCUUGAGCUCGAGACGCUAGAGCGCAAGAAGAGUCAACUUCAGGUCAUCGUUGAUCGUCUUACCAAGAUGAAAGGCAGAGCGAGUUUGAACGAUGGCAUGGUCACGAGAUUUGAGAUGAGCGGCGAACCACACGUAUGGCACUGGACUGGCCCUUCCAACAUCGAUGGCCAGGAGUACGAGCCCUACAAAGGUCUGAAGACUCUCGACUAUCGAGUCGUCACGCUCAAAUGGAAACGAGUGCCGAUUCGUGAAAAAGACGUGCAAGACGUGCUCGAAGGGCUCAGUACGAAUGCAACCGCUGCACGCCCGACUGGCCAGCAAAGGUGGCGUGACGGCUGGAAUGCCCGAAUUGCACGGCUCCGGUUGGCUGGCGUGGGUCGCUGCAGCCAAAACAGCGUCACCCUCGCUGAAUACUUGAUGCGGAAGGAGUCGAUGGAGAGGGCGCUGAAAACACAACGGCAGAUGGAAUCGCGGUUCAGGAAGAUGUUUGCGGAAAUCGAAGCGAGGAACUUCGAAGAGAGAUGGCAAGAGCGAAUGAGAUAUCGUGACGAUGACGAUGCCUCUAGACUAGGCAUACGGGUUCUAAGACUCCAUGUACGAAUGCAUGAACACAGUCAUCUUCGAAUAGACGAGUCGAUGAGGUCUCAUCAAGAAAGCUUCAAUUCGGCUCAAGACUACUACUGCGAUGCAACUACCACGGCUCUCUUCUGA